AUGGCGACACAGCCAAAGAGCGUUUCAGAGUUAGAUACCAAUCAAACGAAUAUGUCGCUUAAAUCAACAUGGCUCUUGAGUCCUGCAAUGUCCUUAUUUUAUCCAAGGGAGGGGAACUUUAUUCGCUACAAAAGUCAAAACAGGUUUUCAGUAGGAUUCGAAUUGCUUGUUUCAUAUCUGUUUUAGCUUUAAUGUUGGUUUUAGUUUGAUGAUAGCAUGCUUGAUACUUGUAAAUGACUGAUUGCGUAUUGUGGAGCCCGCCCACCUAAAGGGACCGGUUAAGCUUAAACGGACUAAUUAGGCGCUCUGAGACAGUCACGCUGCCUUACCGUACCGCUCGUCUGCAACCUUAACCAGCACUCUGCAGCGUGCAGCCAACUUCAUACAUCCGAAUAUUACAAGACAGACGAUUUCCCGUUUGAUUUUUUUCCAUGGCUCCCUUGAUAUUCAUGCUUUUUUCUAUUUACGGAGUUCUCAAUGGCCAAGAGAGCAGAGACCCCAUAUCCAUGGAGGAUUGCUGUAAGGACGGACGAGACCGAGGCCAGGAGAGCCAGGACUGCUCAAGCCUGCCACUCAUCUCCGAGUCCACUACCUGCAGAAUAGCCCAGGAGCAGUGCUGUGCAGCAGUGCUGGAGGACACCAGCUGCACUAGUGGCAUAAACAUGGCCAAGGACCAAGGUGCCUGCGAGGCCCUUCUCACAGGCAGCACCUGUGAGGCAAAGACUGCUAAGAUGUGCUGCGACUGCUGCUUGCUAGGGAAGGCAGCGCAGGAGACGGGCAUGGCCUGUGACCACAGUCUCUCCGUGAGCUACCAGUGUGGCCUGGUGUCCCGCGCCUGCUGCAAUUAUGGGAGCCCGGAGCUGGAGGGCAACGGCACCCUGUCAGGUGACGCCCAGGACAACAACUCUUCACAGGUCUCAGGCACGGGAUCUGACUCUGCAGACCUCUCCGAGCCCAACGAGCUGUGCAAAGAGGCUAAGUGUGGUCAGAAGUGUGAAGGUAAUGGCACCUGUGCCUGCCAUGCAGGGUUUAAACUCAAACCAGAUGGGAAAGCCUGUGAAGAUAUAAACGAGUGUCUGCUGGGCAGUUACAGCUGUCGGCCCGGGGAGCGAUGCAUCAACACGCUGGGCUCAUACCGCUGCCAACGCGAUGUCAGCUGUGGCACGGGCUACGAGCUAACCGACAGCAACCAAUGCAAAGACAUUGAUGAAUGCGAGACUGGUACACAUAACUGUCCUGCAGAGUUUGCAUGCCAGAAUACUCCGGGAUCGUUCCGGUGUCGGCCCAAAGUGCAGUGUGGAGAUGGCUACAUACAGGACGCCCUGGGCAGCUGCAUUGACAUUAACGAGUGCCUGAGCCAGAGUGGGCCCUGUCCCACUGGACAGAUGUGCUUCAACACCGUGGGCUCCUACACCUGCCAGAGAAACUCUGUAAGCUGUGGACGUGGGUACCACCUCAACGAAGAGGGCACUAGAUGUGUGGACAUUGAUGAGUGCACACAACCCGAUGGUUCCUGUGCUGGCCAUGGCUGUAUUAACCUGGUGGGCUCAUAUCGCUGUGAGUGUCGCAGUGGCUACAUCUUCAACAGCAUCUCCAGGGUCUGUGAAGACAUCAAUGAGUGCAGGCACUAUCCUGGCCGCCUGUGUGCCCACAAGUGUGAAAAUAUUCUCGGGUCCUACAAAUGCAGCUGUACCACAGGCUUCAAACUCUCCAGUGAUGGCAGAAAUUGUGAUGAUGUUAAUGAGUGUGAGAGCAACCCUUGUAGCCAAGAGUGUGCCAAUGUCUAUGGCUCCUACCAGUGCUAUUGUCGCCGUGGAUACCAGCUCAGCGAUGUAGAUGGCAUCACCUGUGAGGAUAUUGACGAGUGUGCACUUCCCACUGGGGGGCACAUCUGCUCUUAUCGCUGUCACAACAGUCCGGGGAGCUUCCACUGCUCGUGUCCUGACACAGGCUACACACUAGCCCCCAAUGGACGCAGCUGCCAGGAUGUGGAUGAGUGUUUGGCAGGGACACACACCUGCACAGAAUCAGAGAGCUGCUUCAACGUUCAGGGUGGAUUCCGCUGCCUGUCGUUCACCUGUCCUCCCAACUACCGGCGCUCCGGAGAGACCAGGCCGAGGGUCGAGAGAGCUGACACCAUCCGCUGUGUCAAGUCCUGCCAGCCUAACGACAUCAGCUGUGUCCUGGACCCAGUACACUCAAUUUCCCACACUGUCAUCUCCCUGCCCACCUUCAGAGAGUUCACCAAACCAGAAGAGAUCGUUUUCCUGAGAACCAUGUCUCCAGCACACUCACUGCCUCAACUCGGCUCUUCAGACAUUGUCUUUGACAUCCUGGAGGGGAACAUGCAGAACUCCUUCGACAUCCUCAAGCGCUAUGAGCAUGGAAUGAUCGUGGGGGUCGUGCGUCAGGUGAAGCGCGUCAUCGGCCCAGUGGACAUCGUGCUGAAGCUGGCCAUGAACUACGUCACGUCUGGGGUCGUCUCGCAUCGGAACAUCGUCAACGUCCACAUCUUUGUGUCCGAGUUCUGGUUCUAAGUGGGGGAGACGCCUACUCUUUCCCAUUCCCAGUUCCGUUCACACCAUCCCCUGAAGUACAUGCACCCACACAUUUAGGCGAAUGCAACAAUGACAUGCACACUCACUCACGUACCCAAGCACAAAACUGACAUGUUCAAAUUCACAACAACACGUAAGAUGUCGAAAUGAAUGAGUUCACGUGAUUAUUAUUUGCAUGCAACAUGUAAAAAGCUCAUUAGCCUGGAAGAUCUUACAUGUUUGUGUUCUUAUGGUGAGAAAUCACUUGCUGCUUUUUUUUUACCUUUCUUUUGAUUAUACACAGAACAAAUCUUCCUGAUCUUUUAAGAUGCAGUAUGCUAGGUCUUAAGUGCAUGGCUGAGUGUGCACAUAUGAGCAAGCUUGACCAUGCCCAAGCUUUAUGACAUGGUGUAAACUAUGAGGACUUCACAACAUUGGAAUGAUGAAAUGAAAAAAAGUUGAAUGUACCUGUGAUCCUUGGUUGUGAUGUAUUCAUUCAUAUUGUAUUCAGUUACAUAUCACAAUUCAUUAUGUAAGGAUCAAUUGAUGAAUAAAAUGUUUACUAUUUGA